AUGUUCCAGCCAGCCCCAAGUCGAGCCGAUGUGCGAUCGCCGCCGCCCAGCCGUGUUGGCAAACCUCAAUCUUUGGGCGAACGCUGCUCAUGGGAAUCAUGGCGCAGAAUCCACCCGGAGAUGGCGUCUGCGCCGAUGGGUUCACUGGCUGAAGAUGCUUGCAGUCGACGCACAAUACAGCCAGAGCCGGCCAGCCAAUGGGUUCGCCAGGAGAGACCGCAUUCUUUGGUUUGUUUUUCUGCUGUGCAGGCAGCUCUCAAAAACAUGGCUUCAACCGAACCACCCCUGGGCCCUGGCGCUGCUGAGGACGCUCGUUACUUGCUCAGCUCGUAG